AUGCUCCGAAUCAAGCAAGAGUCUUCUUUUUCUACUCAGCAGCCAGAACAACAAUACGUACCGUUGAAAAAAGUGCAUGUCGAAGCCUACAUUAACUCGUUUGCUGCCGAUGUGACUGUCAAACAAACUUUUCGCAACGAUGAUACAAAACCAAUCGAAGCCGUCUACUGUUUUCCGAUAGAAGAACAAGCAGCAAUUUACUCAUUCGUUACUCGGAUUGAUGAUCGAGAAAUUGUAGCACAACUGAAAGAAAAAAAGAAAGCACAACGUGAAUAUAGUGAUGCUCUUCAACAAAGUCAUGGAGCAUAUUUAUUUGAACAAGAUGAAAUAUCACAAGAUAAUUUUAUUAUCAACAUCGGUGCACUACCACCCGGUAAAGAAUGUCACAUUCAUAUAUCGUAUGUCUCCGAACUGGAUUUGGUUCAAAAUAGAAACCGGAUUCGCUUUGUUAUUCCGACAACUAUUGCACCUCGCUACAACCCAGACAAAGGCGGCAUCAGCUCGCCGGCUGGUACAACAUCCAAAUACGUUCAAACAGCUCCAUACACAAUUGAAUUUCACUGUCGAGUAGAGAAAGCCAACGUCUCUCGAAUCAGCUCGACGUCCCAUCCAAUUCAGAUUGGAGUCUGUCAAGAGAAUGUCUAUGUCGUCGAAUUCGCUCAACAAAAUACUCACCUCGAUCGAGAUAUUUUAGUAGAUAUUGAGUUAGUUGACAAUCGUUCAAAUACUAUUGUCGCCGUGGAAUCUGGUGCCGUUAUGGCUUCAUUUAUACCAACUGAAGAAGAUUGCCAACGUGUAAUGAACAAUGUCGCGAUGACAAAUGAAUUUAUAUUUGUUGUCGACUGCAGUGGAUCAAUGGCAGAUGAGAACAAAAUCGGAUUGGCACGGGAAGCCAUGUUACUCUUUCUCAAGAGUCUGCCAGUGGAUUGCCAUUUUAAUAUUAUACGAUUCGGAUCAAAUCAUGAGGCAUUAUUUACAGAGAUCACUGCUAUUUACAACGAACAGAAUGCUCAAAAAGCUGAACAACUCACCAGUCAGUUACGAGCUGAUUUGGGUGGUACUGAAUUGUUAGGUCCACUUCAAUGGUUAGAACAACAUCCUCCAGGACAAGGCUGUGCACGGCAAAUAUUUCUCUUGACUGACGGAGAAAUUUCAAACGUCAACAAAGUACUCGAUUUGUGUCGUUCGAUGGCUACUUCGACACGAAUUUUUUCAUUUGGUUUGGGUCAUUCACCAAGUCGUUCCUUGGUCAAAGGCCUUGCUCGAGCAACAAAUGGACGUUUUGUUUUUAUUCCACCUAACAAUAGUGUUGACGUUCACGUUGGUGAACAACUACAAAAAGCUCUCCAGUCUUGUAUAACGAACAUAGAAGUGAAAUGGAAUCUGGGUACUAAUGUUAUGAGUGCACCUACAAAAGUGCCACCGGUCUAUGUUAAUGAUCGUCUGAUUGUCUAUGCACUUGCUGGUGAUCCUAUGUUUGUCUUCAAUCAUAAUUCCAGUGUCGAAUUACUUACCGAUAAAACACGAUUGGGCACAGCAAAGAUUGAUACAAUACCGAACGUCAGUGUCAAUAGAGCCAUUGCUCGACUUGCUGCCAAAGCACUCAUUAUCGAAUUGCAACAUUCGAAACUGCUCUCAUCGGUCAAGAAAAACAUUUCAGGUUCGCUACAAAGUCGAUUUCAGAAAGAUUAUCCGUCGCCAACACAAACAACGACAAUCGACGAGCAAGAAAUCAUAAAAAAACGCAUCAUUGAACUUUCACUUAAAUAUCAAAUUCUGAGUCCUCACACCGCUUUUAUCGGUGUUGAAAAACGAGCCAAUGCUAGCAACGCUGAUAUGGUCUUACGUGAAGUACCAAUUCAAAUAUCGACCGAUGAUGAACACUUGCAGGCACCUUAUUUCAUGAAUCUUACUUCCUGUAUGAUGGCACCUACUGCAAUAGCAUAUCGUUCGAUGGCAGCACCAAUGCCGAUGGAUUGGAUGGAGGAAUCUGCGUCAGGGGUGGACACGUGUUGUUGGGGUUCAAAUCUGAUGUCUCAAGCAGAUUCUUGGUCAGAUGACUUUGCGAAUGAAGAGCUGUUAGAGACCGCUAUAACAAAUUCUAACGAUUUAAUACCAUUGACUCACACUACAAAUUACGAUAUAACCAGUUCACUCCAACAGCCUUUGAUCGGCCAAGAAAAAGAUGAGGCGUGGCCUACUGGAGAUCAAAAUAUUGUUCGCUACUUGAUCAAUAAACAAAAAUUUGAUGGCUUAUGGGAUUUGGAUGUAAAAAGUAUAGAACAAUUGACUGGAAAAUUACUGACGAGUUUUCCAUCAUUCAACAAUCAGCAAAUUCUUAUUUCAGCCAUUGUCGUUGUCGUACUUGAAACGCGUUUCACUACAAUAUCGACAAUGUGGCAUGGUGUAGUGCAAAAAGCUCGCAAACGCCUUUUCGAUUUACUCGGCAAAGACGCUAAACAACUACAAUCGUUAUUGGACAGCAUUCGUCAACAAUUUUGA